GGAGGUGAGUUAAAGCUCAACCCCAACAGUUUUCUGUGGAGUGCUCUUGUUGUUUCCAAUUCCCCAUUCAUAGGUGAUAAUUGUUCAUCCGAUCCAUAUCCUUUCCAUGGCUUCUCAAGAGCAUCAUCAGCUUCACUUCGUAUUGGUUCCUUUCAUGGCUCAAGGCCACAUGAUCCCUAUGUUUGACAUUGGUAGACUAUUGGCACAACAAGGCAUGAUGGUCACCAUAGUCACCACACCGCUUAACGCAGCCCGUUAUCAGCCAGCACUCACUCGGGCCAUAGAAUCCGGGCUCCAAAUCCGGUUAAUCCAACUGCAAUUUCCAACUAGAAAAGUAGGGUUGCCUGAUGGGUGUGAGAACAUUGACAUGCUACCUUCACAAGAACUGGGGUUGAGUUUCUUUAAUGCAACCGAGGGGCUACAGCAACCGCUGGAGGAAUUGUUUCAAGAGCUAACCCCCAGGCCAAAUUGCAUAAUCUCAGACAUGUGUUUGCCAUGGACAAUCAACGUAGCUCGAAAGUUUCACAUUCCAAGAAUAUCUUUCAUUGGAACCAGUUGCAUUUGUCUUCUAUGCAUUCAUAAUAUGCUCAUAUCCAGGGUUUUUGAGAAAAUAACCUCUCCAUUCGAGUACUUUGUUGUGCCUGACUUCCCUGAUCGGGUUGAGAUAACAAAAGCUCAGCUGCCACAAAAUAUGACACCAGUGUUGACAGAUCUUUUUGAAAAAACUUCAGCAGCUGAGAGGGAGACAUAUGGGGUAAUUAUGAAUACAUUUGAAGAGUUGGAGCCGGCAUAUGCUAAAGGAUACAAGAAGGCAAGAAAGGAUAAAGUAUGGUGUAUUGGUCCGGUUUCACUGUGCAACAAAGACGAUUUAGAUAUGGCACAAAGGGGUAACAAGACCACAAUUGAUGAAAACCAGUGCUUGAAGUGGCUUGAUUCCUGGGGACCAAGUACUGUACUAUAUGCUUGCCUUGGAAGUUUAUGCAAUCUCACAGAUGAGCAACUGAUAGAACUUGGACUGGGAUUAGAGGCAUCGAACAGACCUUUUGUGUGGGUUGUAAGGGGUGGUGUUCAAUCAGAGCCUAUGGAAAAGUUGUUUAAAGAAAAUGGAUUUGAGGAAAGGACCAAAGAAAGGAGCCUUUUGAUUCGGGGUUGGGCACCGCAAACACUGAUACUAUCACACCCUUCAGUUGGUGGGUUCCUAACACAUUGUGGCUGGAAUUCCAUAUUAGAAGGUGUAUGUGCUGGGUUGCCUAUGAUCACAUUGCCACUGUUUGGAGACCAAUUUCUUAAUGAGAAAUUAAUUGGACAGAUUCUAAACAUUUCUGUGAAGGUUGGAGGGGAUGAUCCAAUAACAUUGAGGGAGGAGGAGAAGAAUAGGGUGUUGGUGAGAAAGGAAAAUGUGAAGAAUGCGAUAGAGGAGUUGAUGAAUGGAGAAGAUAGCAAAGGGAGAAAAGGAAGAGCCAGGGAGCUUGCCGAGAUGGCAAAGAGAGCGGUAGAAAAAGGAGGUUCUUCACACCUUGACAUUGCACUGCUAAUCCAAGAUAUUCUGCAACAAGGAAAUUGCAUAGAGAGGAGCUAAGGAGAAAAUGAGUGUCAAACAAUGGUUUUCUUUGUUUAUUUCUCACAUGUGACAGUACAUUUGGUAUUUGAUUAUAUUGUAUUGUUUGUUUCACUAGAACAGGAUUCAGUCUUGCUCUCAUCCAUGUUCUUCAUCAUUUGUUUACAGAACUUAAAUGGCUUGUUGGCUUUAAACUAUUUAAUUA